AUGUUCGGAAUUACUUCGAGGAUGAUGUUAUGUGGAGAGAAAAUAAGUGAUUAUGAUAUGAUCGAGAAAACUCUCUCCACGUUCCAUCCUGAAAAUGUAAUCAUGCAGCAACAAUACCGAGUGAAUGGAUAUACCCGUUAUUCGGAGUUGAUGCAAGUCCUCCUUGUAGCGGAGCAGAAUAAUCAACUCGUGACUUUAACCCAUCAAGCUCGUCCCACUGGAUCUGCUCCAUUUCCAGAAGCGAAUGUUGCAUCAUCCAGUUAUGAUAAUAGGAGAGGACGAGGUCGUGGACGUGGUGGAAACCGUUAUUAUGGUCGUGGAAGAGGACAAGGAAGAAGAUUUUGUUCCUAUGAUGAAAGAGAUAACAAGAACUUCCUAGAAAAUGAAAGGAAUGAAAAAGACUGGGAUGAUAAAAGGCAAACGGGAAAGGUUUGCUACAGAUGCGGCAUGAAAGGUCAUUGGGUACGUAGUUGUCGUACACCAAAACAUUUAGCAGAUCUGUAUAGAGAAUCCCAAAAGGGAAAAGAGAAAGGAAGAGGUGAAACAAACUUCACCUCUGAUGAACCCGAGCCAUCCUUUCAUGGUUUAAACGAUGAUACUCAUCUCGACGUAUCAGACUUUCUGGUUGAGCCAGAGAGUAUCGAUGAGUGA